UAAGCUCACUUCAUACCAGCAUGCACUCUUUCAGUGGUGGACUCUAGUCCAAGGGGGGAUGACUUAGAAGUCACACAAAAAUUCCUAAAUUGCUUUUGCGAGGAAGCUUAAACAGACACGACAAUGGCUGGACUCAAGUACAUAGGCGGUUUCGGGAACGAGUUCUCCUCUGAAGACCCUCGCUGUCCUGGAUCAUUACCAGAGGGACAGAACAAUCCUCAGGUUUGUCCCUACGGCCUCUACGCUGAGCAGCUCUCUGGCUCUGCUUUCACCUGCCCCCGACCAGCCAACAAGAGGAGCUGGUUGUACCGCAUCAUCCCAUCUGUCAAACAUAAGCCUUUCACCGCAGUGCCUUGUGGGAAUCUGUCAGAGAACUGGGAUGAAGUGGAGCCUGAUCCUAACCAGCUGCGAUGGCUUCCAUUCACCAUUCCCAAACCUACAGAGAAGAAAGUGGACUUUGUGGCUGGUCUGCACACUCUCUGUGGUGCUGGAGAUUCCAAAUCUCGCAAUGGCAUUGGCAUCCACGUGUACACCUGCAACACUUCCAUGGUCGACAGGUGCUUCAACAACUCAGAUGGAGACUUUCUGAUUGUCCCGCAGCAGGGCGAGAUCCUGAUCACUACGGAGUUUGGGAAGAUGAUGGUGGAGCCGAACGAGAUCUGUGUCAUCCAGCAAGGGAUGCGCUUCAGCGUGGAUGUGUUUGGAGAAACCAGAGGUUACAUACUGGAGGUGUAUGGAGCCCACUUUGAACUCCCUGACCUGGGGCCCAUAGGAGCCAAUGGUUUGGCCAACCCAAGAGAUUUCCUGUGUCCAGUUGCUUGGUAUGAGGAUCGCACGGUGGCCACAGGUUUCACCGUCAUCAACAAGUACCAGGGGAAGCUCUUUGCCUGCCAACAGGAUUUCUCUCCUUUCAACGUGGUCGCCUGGCACGGGAACUACACGCCUUACAAGUACGACCUUAAGAACUUCAUGGUUAUCAACUGUGUGGCGUUCGACCACGCGGAUCCAUCCAUCUUUACUGUGCUGACUGCCAAAUCCACACGACCGGGUGUGGCCAUCGCUGACUUUGUCAUCUUCCCCCCUCGGUGGGGUGUGUCUGACCACACCUUCCGUCCACCAUACUAUCACCGUAACUGCAUGAGUGAAUUCAUGGGUCUGAUCAAAGGCCACUAUGAGGCCAAAGAGGAGGGUUUCCAGCCAGGAGGGGCGAGCCUGCACAGCAUUAUGACCCCACACGGUCCUGACGCCGAAUGCUUCGAGAAGAACAGCACUGCAGAACUGAAGCCUGAGAGGGUGGCUGAGGGCACCAUGGCUUUUAUGUUUGAGUCAUCCUUCAGUAUGGCAGUGACCAAGUGGGGUCUGCAGACGUGUCAGCGGCUCGACAAGAGCUACUACCAAUGCUGGGAAUCUCUCCGCAGCCACUUUAACCCCAACUGGAAGCCCAGCAAGAAGUAGACAAAGUGAAUCAAGAGAAAAAUUUACCAAAUACAGCUGUUAAAGCAAAAUAAAAUGUAACUACUCGCAAUCCUUGGCUUUCUUUGUGUUACUCGAUCAGAUGUAUUGAUUGAAAAUACAGGCGCAAUGAAGUACCAUGCCAUGUAAUUUAGACAUUUAUUUUAUACAAACAACAACGAUUAGGGUGGCACAAUAAAAAAUAAAGCCUGUGUCUUUGUUAGUGGAAAAAAUGGGUCGUGUAAAUUGUUUCUGCCUGCGUCAGCCAUGCUGAACAUGAAUGUGCUUUGUGUAUCUUCUUUACUUGAACAGUUUGGAGAUUAAAGAAAUCAUAAAAACCUUUGUAAUGUGAAAAACUGGAUUUGA